AUGAGGUCUUGUUCCUCCUGUCUUACCUAUCUACUGUGUGCUCCCAGCCACCAGCGACCACGGAUUCCUCGCAGUCACGCUUGCCCGCAUAUCGUCAAUCGUCCAAAUGCGCAGUCCCGUGUCGUUUUGAGUGGUCGAGACAGCGAGCCCGGGGAACAUCCCGUCUCUUGUUCGUGUCGAGUUCGCUGCACUGCUCAAGCUACGCAUGACAUAAAAACAAUUCAUUUUGUGACCCGUGUCCACUCAGUCACCUCAGUAGCGGAGAUAACAUCUACGAUCUGUUUAGGUGAUUGUGGUGGCGGGGAUGAUGAUGAUGAUGAUGAUGAUUCGGAUGAUGAUGAUGAUGAUGAUGAUUCGGAUGAUGAUGAUGAUAGUGGUAAUGAGGACGACUCGGAUGACGAGUUCGAUGACUUGAAUGAUUACAAUGACUCCCAUUAUUAUUAUUAUUAUUAUUAUUAUUAUUAUUAUUAUUAUUAUUGA